AUGCCGCAUUCGAUUACGUCAGAAUCAACGCCCGCAGAGGAGUCCUCGGCGACACUUUCCCAAGCUGAUGCUGUCAAAACCGAACCAGAGACGCAAGAUGUUGCAAUGGACGACGCACCCACACCUGCCGUAGUAGAGAAGCCCAAAGUAAGCCUCGAAGAGCUCUUCGAUGAUGAGGAUUCAGACGAAGAGUUUGCUUCGAGUGCGCCAGCACCUACGUCGCAAGACGAUCUCUCGCAACCCGCACCAAUCAAGAUCACAUCCAAGUCCUCCUUCUCCGAUCCAGAUGUUAUGCGUGCCUUCUACCAACGCUUAUUCCCUUUCCGCCCUCUCUUCCAAUGGCUGAACCAUUCCGCAACACCCAGCAACGACUUUGCACACCGCGAAUUCGCCUUCACUCUACCCAAUGACGCAUACCUACGCUACCAGUCUUUUCCAACAGCCGAUUUACUACGGAAACAAUGCAUAAACAUGCUGCCCUCACGUUUCGAAAUCGGUCCCAUGUACAGCACGAACCCGAGAGAUAGAAAGACAUUGCGGAAAGCGAGCUCAUUCCGUCCAUUGAUGAAAGAGUUGGUGUUUGAUAUUGAUAUGACAGAUUACGACGAUAUCAGAACAUGCUGCACGGGUGCGAGUAUCUGUCUGAAGUGCUGGGGCUUCAUCACAAUGGCCAUCAAGACCAUCGAUGUUGCUCUACGGGAAGACUUUGGGUUUAAACACAUCCUCUGGGUAUACUCCGGUCGUCGAGGAGCCCACGCCUGGGUCUGUGACAAGCGCGCACGAGAAAUGGACGACCAGAAGCGCCGCUCUGUAGCCGGCUAUCUCGAGUUGCUCAAAGGAGGAGACCAGGGCGGCAAGAGAGUAAAUGCACGACGACCCCUACAUCCACAUCUCGAACGUAGUUUGGCGGUUUUGAAAGAGCACUUUCAAACCACCAUCCUCGCCGAACAAGACCCUUGGGCCGCAGAAGAAAAGGCUGCACACCUCCUCAACCUCAUUCCAGACACCACUCUCAAAGCCGCAUUACAGAAGAAAUGGGACUCGGCACCCUCCCGCCCUAGUGCAUCAAAAUGGGCCGACAUCGACGCGUUAGCAAAAUCCGGUGCCUUGUCAAAGACGCCCAAAGACCUCCUCGAAGCCAAACAAGACAUCAUCCUAGAAUACACAUACCCCCGUCUCGACGCCGAAGUCUCCAAGAAGUUAAACCAUUUGCUCAAAUCACCAUUCGUAAUUCAUCCCGGAACAGGUCGUGUCUGUGUCCCAAUUGAUACAAGGAAAGUGGAAGAAUUCGACCCGUUGAGUGUUCCAACAGUCACGCAAUUACUUCAGGAAAUCGACGAUUGGUCGGGCGAAGAAACUGAUAAGAAGAUGCAAGAUUGGGAGAAGACGAGCUUAAAGCCAUAUGUAGAUUAUUUCCGACGGUUUGUCGCGGGCUUGGUGGAUGAGGAGAAACCAGCGCUUAAGAGGGAGAGGGAGGAAGGUGCUGAUGCCAUGGAAUUCUGA